AGAUUGAUCUCGGUCACCGCUCAAGGAGCUUUGCUCCGGGCCCUCAGGCUUUCCGCCGAGAGCCAAUCGGCCCUGCCUGCCAAGCCCCUCCUUCCCUGCACCUUUAAUGGCUGAGAGAGGGGAGGGUCGGCUGGGGUUUUCUCCUUAAGAAGUCGCACCGGUUUUUCGAGCUCCGCUCUGCGCCUGGACAGCCACAGCAGCGGGAGCGGGCGCUGCCGCCACCGGGCCGCGGAGCUGUCAUGCUCGGCCCCAUACCACUCUUCGCAGAAAGGGUCUGCUACAAGACAGGGGGUGUUGACUGGUAGGAGAACCAAGGUGGGAUAGUAACACCUCUGGGAGAAAGAAAAUUGGCUCCCUCUCUUGAAAGUGGCGAGUGUACCGCAGGCGGCUGCAUGGGGGGAACAGUAAUCAGAUGGCUACCUUCUACGUUUUGUGCUAAGAAACAAAAUCAGUUAUAGGAAUCCAUGUUGAUCUUGGAAGUAGAAGGAUUUAAAAAAGUUAAGUUUGCACAAAAAAACACGCACUUUGCCAUCUCCCUUUUGAUCUGAAGACUGGGGGACAAUGGAUAUUAUAGAGACAGCAAAACUUGAAGAACAUAUGGAAAAUCAAACCAAUGAUCCUGCAAAUGCUUACACAAGACCUGCCGAGCCUGUCGAAGAAGAAAACAAAAAUGGCAACAGUAAACCGAAGAGCUUAUCCAAUGGGUUGCGAAAGGGCACCAAAAAGUACCCGGACUAUAUCCAGAUUGCUAUGCCCACUGAAUCCAGGAACAAAUUUCCCCUGGAGUGGUGGAAAACAGGCAUUGCCUUCGUGUACGCCCUUUUCAACCUCGUCCUAACCACCGUCAUGAUCACAGUUGUACAUGAAAGGGUGCCUCCCAAGGAGCUCAGCCCCCCACUACCAGACAAGUUUUUUGAUUACAUUGAUCGGGUAAAAUGGGCAUUUUCUGUAUCAGAAAUAAAUGGGAUUAUAUUGGUUGGAUUAUGGAUCACCCAGUGGCUGUUUCUAAGAUACAAGUCAAUAGUGGGACGCAGAUUCUUUUUUAUCAUUGGAACUUUAUACCUGUACCGCUGUAUUACAAUGUACGUCACCACUCUGCCUGUGCCUGGGAUGCAUUUCCAGUGCGCCCCGAAGCUCAACGGAGACUCUCAGGCAAAAAUACAACGGAUUCUGCGAUUGAUUUCCGGUGGUGGAUUGUCCAUAACUGGAUCCCAUAUCUUGUGUGGAGACUUCCUCUUCAGCGGUCACACCGUUGUGCUGACACUUACUUAUUUGUUCAUCAAAGAAUAUUCGCCUCGUCACUUCUGGUGGUAUCAUUUAAUCUGCUGGCUGCUGAGUGCCGCCGGGAUCAUCUGCAUUCUUGUAGCGCACGAACACUAUACCAUCGAUGUGAUCAUUGCUUAUUAUAUUACAACACGGCUGUUUUGGUGGUACCAUUCAAUGGCCAAUGAAAAGAACUUGAAGGUCUCUUCACAGACGAAUUUCUUGUCUCGAGCAUGGUGGUUCCCCAUCUUUUAUUUUUUCGAGAAAAACGUACAAGGCUCAAUUCCUUGCUGCUUCUCCUGGCCACUCUCCUGGCCCCCUGGCUGCUUUAAAUCUUCAUGCAAAAAGUAUUCACGGGUUCAGAAGAUCGGUGAAGAUAAUGAGAAAUCUACCUGAGGAGCAAAACAAAGGCAUCAGCUCUUAUACCAAAAGAGUUAACGCUGUAACCAAAGGUAUAGUUUUGGGUUUUUAUUUUAGAAGACCUGACUGGUAAAUGAAGAAGUGGACCAAAUUUCGUGUAAAUGAUUAGAAAGAUGAAUGAAGUAUUACCCUUUGACUGUUUUUUUAUUCAUCCUGAGAAAGGUAUAUUCUCCUGCAGCUCUUCAUUCAUUGGUGACAAGCCCCCAAACUGGGAUUUUACUAAUGAGCUUGUUAAAGAGGUGCCAAAGAACCUACUAUUCCUCCUCCUUAUUCUUUAUCCACUAAAGCCCUCUACAGAAUUUCUUCAGGAUUUUUUUUCCCUCCAACAUCAGAAGAAUUUGUUAAUGUUUUAAAUAAAAUAUCUGGAUAUAUACA